AUAAAAUAUGAAUUUCCUCCCCACUUGCUUUUCGCCCUCACUAACAUCAAUCAUCACCCGAUUCCAUCUUGGACGAUUCCUAUCCUUUUUUUUAUAAUUAUCUUCACCCCUUUCCCCAUUCAGAAAAAUCCAAUAUACCCACCAAAGAAAAAGCAAGAGCAGUAAAAAUCCUUGAUCAGCAACCCAUAAGGUUUCUAUUCUGUUUUUGUUUCUCAUCAAUCAAUCAACCAUGACAGGCAAAGCCAAGCCCAAGAAGCACACUGCCAAGGAAAUCGCAGCCAAGAUCGAUGCCGCCACUACCAACCGAGGCGGUGGCAAGGCUGGAUUAGCUGACCGUUCUGGGGUGGAGAAGGGUGGACAUGCCAAGUUCGAGUGUCCUCACUGCAAAACAACUGCUCCAGAUUUGAAGACUAUGCAGAUUCAUCAUGAUGCCAAGCAUCCCAAGCUUCCUUUUGAAGAAUCAAAGCUUGUGAAUCUUCAUUCUACUCAUGGUGCCGAUUCUUCCAAGCCUCGUCCCGGUGUUAGGGGUAGUUUAAAAAAGUGAUAUUAAUAAAUAAAUUUAGCCGUUUUCUUUAUGAUUUGGUGCUUUGCGGUUGUUUUGGAAUCGGGGUUUGGUUUCUUAACUAUUAGUUCUAGUAGGUUUGGGUAAAAAAAGAUGAUGAUGAUAAUGAUGGAUGUUAACCCACCUUGAAUAUGAUGAUGAUGUUGACUGUGUUAUAGCUUCCUUAUUUAAUUCUAAUGAAGUGUUUUUGGAUCA